AUGGCUCGCAGAUUUAGCGUCGCCAUCGUUCUGCUAGCGUUUGCCGCUAUCGGAAAUGCGGAUUUCGUAAGAGUCGCCUUACACAAAGCCCCAUCCGCUCGUGAUCAUUUCCGUAGCGUUGGUACCGAAAUUAAGCAGCUCCGACUGAAGUAUGGAGACACGACCGGUCCGGUACCGGAACCCCUGUCGAACUAUCUCGAUGCUCAAUACUUUGGUGCCAUCUCGAUCGGAACACCGCCACAAAGCUUCAAGGUAGUGUUUGAUACGGGCUCCUCCAAUCUCUGGGUUCCGUCGAAACAGUGUUCGUUCACGAACAUUGCCUGCCUAAUGCACAACAAGUACGAUGCGAAGAAAUCGUCCUCAUUCGAAAAGAACGGAACCGCGUUCCACAUCCAGUACGGUACCGGUAGUCUGUCGGGAUAUCUGUCCACCGACACGGUUACCGUGGGUGGAAUUCCGAUCGAAAAGCAAACAUUCGCUGAAGCUAUCCAAGAACCUGGACUUGUGUUUGUGGCCGCAAAGUUUGACGGUAUCCUUGGGCUGGCGUACAAAUCCAUCUCGGUCGAUGGUGUAACGCCCGUGUUUUACAACAUGUUCAACCAGGGCAAGAUCGAUGCGCCGGUGUUUUCCUUCUACCUAAACCGUGACCCAAGCGCAUCGGAAGGUGGUGAAAUCAUUUUCGGCGGAUCCGACUCCAAGCACUACACCGGUGACUUCACUUACCUGAGCGUGGACCGCAAGGCGUACUGGCAGUUCAAGAUGGAUUCCGUUACGGUCGGUGACAGUCAGUUCUGCAACAAUGGGUGCGAGGCAAUUGCCGACACCGGUACCAGCCUGAUUGCCGGACCGGUCGCUGAAGUAACGGCCAUCAACAAAGCUAUCGGCGGCACACCGAUCUUGAACGGCGAGUAUAUGGUAGACUGCUCGUUGAUUCCCAACCUGCCCAAGAUCACGUUCACGCUCGGAGGUAAACCGUUUACGCUGGAAGGUGCCGACUACAUUCUGCGCAUUGCUCAAAUGGGUAAAACUAUCUGCCUGUCUGGAUUUAUGGGCAUCGAUAUUCCGCCGCCGAACGGUCCGCUGUGGAUUCUGGGAGAUGUUUUCAUCGGCAAGUACUACACCGAGUUUGACAUGGGCAAUGAUCGUGUAGGAUUUGCUACCGCCAUUUAAAGAAGGUGCCU